AUGUGUCCCAGGAUGCCGCUGAUUGAAAAUGUCAGCUAUCCUGAAUGCAGAUUCAAGGAUAUUGAAAUCAGCUUCACUCUGUCGGCUAUAGAAACUAACCCAGAACCAACCACCGAAAACUCAAACUCAACCAAUCAACUACCAACAGACUCCAAUGCCACGUCAUCAGCAGUGUCCUUUUUGGACGUCCGAACGCCCCCGAAAAUCCAAAACUUCAUUAAAGAUAAAAUGGCCAACAGAACCAUCGAACAAUCUCACGCUGGCGUCGCAAUACCAUUGGAGGACGACGAUAUUCUAGAAGAAAGCACCAAGAAAAUGAAUUUUUACAAAUUGGACAGGCCUACAACCAACGGAGGUUUGUCGACUUGGAUUUUGUUGAGCGGACAAACCAGUACCAAACCUACUACUACUAAAAAGCCCAGUGUGAAGCCGAUUAUACUUAAGGACGAAAAAAAUAAUGAGACUUUAAUGCUGAGCGAUAAACCAAUGAAAAUUGUUAAGCCUGCGUUUAAACAACGUAGUACUACAACUAAACCUGUAAAAACUACUACUAAACCUAUUGUCAGUACUACUACUGUUAGGAUAAAUACAUUUUCACCAAAAAAUACUACUAGGAAGCCUAUUACCAAAGUAAAAGCUUCUUUGCUACAAAACAAUAAUACCACUAAAAACACUACUACAAUAUCAACAACUACUGUAGCAACAACUACAACUACAAUUAAAUUACCAAUAACAAAUUUAACUUCAGCAAGUUUGCCAGUCGAAGCUAAAAACAGCGAACAAGAAUUAGAGACAACAACCGAAAAAAAGAAAAAGAAAAAGAAGAAAAACAAGCGCCGCAAUAAGCCAGAAAAGAAAGACGCCAACGCCAAACUCAAAGAAACAGCCGGCACUCAGCUUUACAGCUACUUGCGCAGCGAAAUUAUACCUGUCACUGUUGGUUUCAGCCUGGUAGGUUUGCUGGUAACAGCUGGUUUGGCCAGUUACUACUUGCAACCUUUUGCAGCUUUGCGAAGGCACGACCAAAUCGACAGAAAAGAUACUGAAGGCAACUACUACUACCGGGACGAGUACUCAAAUGCCGUACCAGAAGAAGAAGCCAUUGGUAAAGUAAUAGCAGGAAUGCCUGAGAGUAGUUUACAACCUAAGUUACACUCAAGGUACCGUCACGUGGAUAGAAGAUCACAAAUUCAUAUGAAUCCUUACGGGUCGGUUGAAGAUGUUAAAUUGAAUCCAAAAGAGAUAACACCUGCAGUCGUACCAGAACAUGGUCCCAGGGAUCUUAAACAGCAAAAAUUUGUAGUAGGCAAUAUACCUAAAGAGUACCUUGUCAAUUCCAUUGGUGGGUCGCCUAGGUAUUUGCGCAGGAGACGACAAAUACAAGAUGAUGCUGAGAAUGAAAUAGACGAUGAUAAUCAGAAUAAAUCUUCUGAUCCUGAUUCUCAUACUACUAAAUCUUCUGAUGAGUUUCAAACAACAACUCUACCCAAUGUAAUCAACUCAUCCAACGAAAAACCGAGUACUUUAUUUGAACUUUUAAGUGAUUUGUUCAAGCUUAAAGUCAAACUUGGGUUAGAAUUGAUGCAAAACGUGACCAAUAGCGUUUCGAGUUACGUCACUAGGGUGCAAAGCAGGCUGGAUGAGCAUUAUCGUGUUCGUACUCGGCAUAAUAAUGUUACAAUUAGUUAGGUGGCUUUGGGUUUUGAUUUUCGUUACCAAAUUUUUUGUUUUAUCUUGCCCAUAGGCCAAACAACCUUUAUUUUUAGAAAUAUUUCUUCAAAAGUCUUUGGUUUGAAAUGGAGUUUUGGGUCCUUUGUGGGCAUGCUACGAUAAUUUUUUUAGAAGGCUUUUGAAAGCUGGAAAUUGCGUGUUGAUCUGUUGUUAUUUCUACCUGAUUAUUCCUUCACCAAAAGUUUUCUUUGAUUGUCAAAAGGAUCAUUGAUUCAAGAGUCAGUAAUAUUCAAAAUUUAAGCUAUUAGCGGCUCUUGAUUGGUUCUAGAAAAAUUAUCCAACGAAUCAAGAGCCGGUAAUAAUCACAAUUUGAAUUUUCAGAGCUCUUGACUUCCCUGGAAAAGUGUGUCAACCAAUCAAAAGCCAGUAAUAGUCAAAAUUUGAACUCAGAGCUCUUGAUUUCCCCCUGGAAAAAUGUUUCAGCAGAUCAAGAUCCGGUGAUAGUCACAAUUUGAACUUUCAGAGCUACAGACAAUUCAAUUCUCCAAUCACUUUCUAAAGGAAUUUCAGGGGCUCAAAUCCCUUUGAGUAUCGAUAUAUUUUUGCAAAACUUCUUACUCAUUAGGUACUCAUAAUACUCACAAAUUAAUGAUGAGUAACAAACUUGUGAAAAUCUAAGUAAAAUUAAUAAAGUAAAUAAUAUAUGUGAUUUAAAUUAUUCUAAAUACAUUUUUGAGGUGGUGGACAAUUUUUGGGUAAUACUGAGUAUUUUUAGUAGAAUAAGAAUCCAAUAUGAACUUAUUAUUAGGUUAAGCAAUGGUAAGACUGUAUUAUUUAUAUAUUGAAUUAAGUUGGGAAUAAAUUAUUGUAGUAGAAUUAAGAAAACCAUCGAAUUAAUAAAAAGA